ACGACGUUUAUUUUCAACUUACUUAUGUUUACGUUUCGAAAAUUCUCGUAGUUUGAUGAUGGCAUCUUCUCAGUUUUAAAAUAAAAAAGAAUUACACAAACAUGCAAAUUCAACUAAACAAGUUUUGUGAGAAUAAAUUGAACAUAUCAAUUGUGAUUUUCGUUGGCAUACUAUCUCAGUGCAUGGUUCACUCCAUGACUCCACCUUUCGAAAUUCUCUCAAGACCCAAACGUUAUGUUGCAUAUCCAGAUGGAACAAGUUCCGGCUUAUUUUUAGGUCUAGCUUUCCCACUGCCUCUACCGAGGGACGGAAUAAUUUUCUCCUACAUUUUUGAAGCCAACUACAAUCUACCUGACAACGUGACUCAGUAUUUUCCACCGAGCCCGAGCGAGGCCUUGAAAUCUUUUAACCGGAAAUUUCUGUACGGCAUUCUAGAAAAUAAAUUCACAAGGGCUGGCCUCGAUGGCGAAGAAUGUUUGCUCAGGUUGAUAUGCGACGCUGCACUCACACCUCUCGAUCACAAUGGUCUUUUUGGACAAAUACUCGACAUUUUACUCAGACCAUCUACAACACAUGAAGAGGAGCUACCCGAUAGAAUUUUUGAGGCUGAGAGGCACGGAAACGAAAUGAAUGAGUGCAAUAGGAUCUAUCCAAACUGUACGAUAGACCUCAUGGACAUGUUUACUCUAAUUGAAGAUUCUCUGGAGAGUUCUUAGUGAAGGACGCCUGUGAUAUUGAGUAAUGCAUGGUGGCAUACACAGAAAAGUUUCUAAUGAUAGGGGGCUCAUUCAUGAUGAUAAAUUUUGGGAUUUCAAUUUCUAGAUAGAGCAAUUUUAAGUCCUUUCCAAACAGAAAAUUAUGCAUGCAGCCUCGAAUCAUUUAUUAUUUUAUCUAACGAGAUUCAACAAAUAGCGAAGAGUGCAACGAUUCUCACUGCGAUGCAAUAAUGAUAUCCAAUUCAAAAGGAGAAAAGCAGGGUGAGAGGAAGUCAAAAAUUCACUGAAUCCAUAUUAUUCUGACCAAAAAAUUGAAAGGAGGAAAAAUGAUUGAGAAACUAAGUAUUAAACUUCAAGGAAUAAAACUUUGAACCUCUUUUUCUCACUUCAAACUUGAUGCGACUUGGUGCAUUUCAGUUAAAGUAGGUCCAAUUUUACAUGAAAUAACCAUCUUAGUUUUUGAGGAAUAUGUAUCAUUUAUAUAACUCUGUUAUCUGUAUGAGUCUUCAUGUAACUCUGAUACUUACCUAAUUAAUUGAAAAGAGUAAGCAGAAAAACAGGGGGAGGGGAAGAAAGUGAAAGGCAUGAUUAGUAAAAAUGAACAGUUUUUAUUAACAACACCUUACCGUAACAAAUAUACCAACUACAAAAUAUAAAUUACAAUUACUUUCCUUCUGACAAGUACAUAAGUAUAAAAAUUGUCUAAUUCAAAAUUUUUCAUUCUUUAAUUUGUAAAAAAUAUAAACUUAAGAGCUUACCCGCCCGGCAAGGGAGCAAUGUGUACGUUGCCGCAACGUUGCAAGGCAACAUUUUUGAUGAUAUUGCUUUGUAAAGGUAAAGCAGCAACGUUUAAGCAAUGUUUCAGCAAUGUUGCCUGACAUUAUAUUUUAGAUAAUAUUUUCAAAACGUUUUUAGAAAUGUUUC